AACUCCCCCGUGUUCCCGCAGAAGGAGGUGGUUCUGGAGAUACCCGAAACGUCAUCCACUGGGUCACGGUUCCCCCUAGAAGAAGCACGGGAUAAGGACGUGGGGAUUAACGGCUUGCAGAAUUACAGCCUCUCUCCAAACUCGCAUUUCUCUCUCGCUCUCGAGAAAGGAGAAGGUGGAGCCAAGUACACGGAGCUCGUCCUUGAGAGGGUUUUGGACCGCGAGGAGCAGCGGGAGCUGCAUUUGGUGCUCACGGCUGUGGACGGGGGCUCGCCGCCCAGGUCGGGCACGGCUGAGGUCCGGGUGGUGGUGCUGGAUGCCAACGACAACGUGCCGGUGUUCUCGCGGGAGGUGUACGAGGUGCGCGUGGCCGAGAACAGCCCCCCGGGGCAGCUGGUGGUGCGGGUGUCGGCCGCGGAUCCCGACGAAGGCUCCUACGGCAAAGUGCGGUACACCUUUACCAAGGCAUUGGAGGGAUCCCGAGAACUCUUCGAUCUGAACCCUGAGACAGGAGAGAUUCGGGUUUCGGGCAAUUUGGAUUUUGAAGAAGCAAAGUCUCACAAGGUGGUGGUGAGAGCCACGGACGGCGGCGGUCUGUCUGCGCACUGCAAAGUGCACGUGGAGGUGCUGGACGUGAACGACAACGCGCCGGAGAUCGAGCUGAGCUCCGUGAGCGCGUCCAUCCCCGAGGACGCCCCGCCGCGCACCGUGGUGGCCCUGCUGAGCGUGCGGGACCGCGACUCCGGCGACAACGGGCGGACGGAGUGCGCCAUCGAGGGCGACGUGCCGUUCAGCCUGACGGCCGUGUUCGCCGACCACUACGAGCUGCGCACCA